AUGUCUGCCCCACGCAAGACCAUUCUAGUCACCGGCGCCACCGGCAAGCAAGGCGGCGCUCUCAUCCGGAGCCUCCUCUCCGCCCCCGAUACGGCCGGAUUCAACAUCAUUGCCGUAACGCGCGACCUCGCCAGCUCCCGCGCGCUGAAGCUUGGGGCAAAUUUCAACGUGUCCGUCGUGGAUGGCGACAUGGCCCAGCCCGAGGCCAUCUUCCAAAAAGUCGGGCCUGUGUGGGGCGUGUACAGCGUGCAGGUUAACUCGGACGCCGAGGAGCAGCAGGGCACGGCCAUCGUCGAUUCGGCGGUUGCUCAUGGCGUGCGCCAUUUCGUCUACUCGUCGGGCGACCGCGGUGGCCCCGAGAAGUCGCCCGUCAAUCCCACCAAAGUGAAAAACUUUGCUGCCAAGUACCGCAUUGAGAAACACUUGGAAGAGAGGGCCGCGACGAGCUCCCAGCAGAUGACGUACACGAUCCUACGACCGGUGACGUUCUUUGAGAAUCUCACCGUCGAUAUCCAUGGGAAGGGCUUCGCGCGCAUGUGGGAACAGAUGGGGGACAAGAAGCUGCAGUUCGUGUCGACCCGAGAUAUUGGCCGAAUUGCGGCCAACAGCUUCUUGCAUCCCGAUGACUACCGCAAUGUUGGCCUGACACUGGUGGGCGAUGAGCUAACUCAAACCGAGGCCAAUGCCAUAUUUAAGGCUGCUGUGGGAUUCUCUAUGCCCUUGGCCCCUUGCCCCAUGGCGUCUACCGUCAAGUUUCUCAUGAAGGGCACCGUGGGUGACAUGUUCCAUUGGUUUGAAUGUGAAGGGUAUGGAGGUGAUGUGGCCUCAUGCCGCCAGCUCUAUCCUGGGAUGAAAGACUUCAAAGCCUGGAUCGAGGAGAACAAGGGGCAGUGGUUGUAA